UUCUCCCGGAGGGUCGUGAACAACAUCACUUCACGUCUCCCGCAGGAGCCGAACCAGGUCCACCGCGGGCCAGACACUCCUCCCCGGACCGAGCCCGGAUUCAACACGACUGUCGGUGAAGUAACUGGGGUGGAACUAGUUAAGAUAUGUGCAAGUGUGGAUGACACAGGGGGGAAAAAAAAAUCAAAACAGCCAAAUAUAUGAAAGAAAAAAGUGGCCUCAAGUUACGAGAAGGGGGAACAGUUUAAAUGAGAAAACUGUUGCAAAACAGCUGUGCCUGAAAGCAAAGGAAAAUAUUUCAAACAGGUGAUUCCCAGGCAUCUGUGGAGACUUGGAAUCCUCAGCCGCUGGGAUUUUAGAUAAUGUGGGAAUACUGGGUGUCCCACAAUGCCAAUUACUACAGAAAGUGCCAUGCUGUACCUCCCUCUCCUGGAACGCUGGUUGGACAUUAGACUGAAGGAAGAACAGCAAUCCCCCGGACUUCAAUCAUGCCAGUCAGCCAUUCAGAUGCUGUGUGAGUACAUACACCUGAAUUUUGGAUUGGGCGCAACUGUCCGGCAACCAGGCCAAAAGGGAAGAGAAGAUUUUGAAAUUUGUGCGGCUCACUUGAUCAGAACUGAAGGGGACAAAGAUGACCUUGGACUGCGUUUUGGGAAUGUCCCCAUCUAUUGGGAUUCUCCAAGUGACCACGACAGCAAAAAGUGUAGAAAGAAGAGAAAGGAUAGCAAAGUGCCUGUGCUGGAUGUUGGAUACAUCUGGGUUACGGAGGUCGAGAAGCACAGUGCUGCUGCAAAGUGUGAGAAGAUUAAGAUUCGAGAUGAAGUGUUGAUGUUGAAUGGACAGUUGAUGGUUGGUGUUGAUGUUGCUGGUGCCAGUUACCUGGCUGACCAGUGCUGGAAUGGCGGAUGUGUCUACCUGAUCAUGCUCCGUCGGAUCAAACGCAAAGCUCCUCCUCCUCCUUCUAACGGCACCAAAGUUGAACCCAGCACAAGCACAAGCUCUGAUCCAAGUCGAAGCCCCACGCAAAAUGGCAAACGGACUCGAAAGUUUGGUGUUGUUUCCCGCUCCUCACUUAACAGAGACAGCCGGGAGAGUCACGACUCUGAGCACGAGAAUGGAUAUCACGUGUCCUUGGAGCCUGAAUGUACAAAAAUGGAAGCAGUGGACACAGAUUGUACCCACAAAGCCAACAUUGCCACUGAUGAUCAGGAUAUAGAAAAGCAGCUUCCCAAUGGGACUUCCGCUCUAUCAAAAGUACACUUCAGAACUAGACUUUCAGAAACUGGGAAAAGGGACUCUAAGCAGAGUGAACACUCCACUCAGCGGGAAGGCUGCCAGAUUUGGAAAAUGCACAUGGUUAAAGGUUCAGAUGGACUGGGCAUUCAGAUCACAGGAGGCCGGGGAUCCAAACGUUCUCCCCAUGGCAUCAUCAUUACAUCUGUGGAAGAAGGAGGAUCAGCACAAAGGGAUGGAAGAUUGAAAUCUGGUGAUGAGCUGCUAAUGAUUAAUGGACAUUCACUGGUUGGACUCUCACACCAAGAGGCAGUUGCCUUACUUCGGUCAGCAGCAGGACUUGUACAGCUUGUUGUUGCGAGCAGGGAUGAAUCUGAGAUCAAUUUCCAGAAGUAUCCCUCGACGAGUUUACCUGAUUUGGUCACAAAUUUCGCCGUUGUUGAUAAUUCCCCAUCUCCGACGGAAAAUAAAGAAAACGUAAAACCAGAAAGUGGUGCUGCCUCACACAGCUGCCAUAUGCACCAUGGUCAGGAAACUGUUUCAGACACUGCAAAAGGAGAACAUGAGCGAAUGGAAUCACCUCUGCUAAGUUGUCGAAGUCCAAUUCCAGGAGGUAGUCUAAUGAAAUUAAGAAGUCGAUCACAAGGUGGAGUGAGUCGCUUGGAAUCUGUUGGAGAAGAUGAUGAGCUGAUUGUGGAAAAUGGUGAAACAAGUAGCGAAACAUCAGAAAAGCCACGAGGAGGACGGAAACAUUCCUUGCCCCAGCAGCUUGAUGCAGUCGGGCCCAGACAAGAGUACCAAAUUAUUAAAAAGUCAGCACGUUCCUUAAGUACAGUCCAAGUGGAAUCACCAUGGCGACUCGCCCAGCCUUCAAUCAUCUCCAACAUUGUUCUAAUGAAAGGACAAGGAAAGGGUCUUGGUUUCAGCAUAGUUGGUGGCCAGGAUUCUGCCCGAGGACGGAUGGGAAUAUUUGUUAAAACCAUUUUCCCAAACGGAGCAGCUGCGGCUGAUGGGAGAUUGAAGGAAGGAGAUGAAAUUCUAGAAGUUAAUGGGGAAUCUCUGCAAGGACUAACGCAUCAACAAGCCAUACAGACCUUUAAGCAACUGAGAAAAGGAGUUGUGACCCUGACCGUUCGUACCAGGUUGCGCAGCCCCAGCCUCACUCCAUGUCCCACUCCCACACUGAUGAGCCGGUCCAGCUCUCCCAAUUCCAAUAUCAGUGGUGGAACUCCAAUACCAGGCUCAGAAGAGGGGGACAAUUCUCGCAGGGGGCCAGGACCAAAGGAUCGAAUCAUAAUGGAGGUGACAUUGAAGAAAGAGCCUGGUGUCGGGUUGGGGAUUGGAGUCUGUUGCCUUGCGUUAGAGAAUGGCACACCAGGAAUCUACAUCCACAGUCUUGCCCCAGGAUCAGUUGCCAAACUGGAUAGUAGAUUGAGCCGAGGUGAUCAGAUUUUAGAGGUGGACUCAGUGAGUCUGCGACAUGCGGCCCUGAGUGAAGCAUAUGCGAUUCUAAGUGAGUGUGGUCCAGGUCCUAUCAGCCUUAUUAUUAGCCGUCAUCCAAAGCCAAAGGUCUCUGAACAGGAAAUGGAUGAAGUUAUUUCACGUUCAACUCAUCGUGAGAGCAUAAGCAAAGAUGGACAAUUGUUACACACCGCAGGAUUUUCAUCAAAGAGUCCAUCACCAAGUGUAAAAUCCAAGCAGGCUGAUGGAUCUUCACUCAGUUGGACAAUGAAACGCUUUCUGGAACCCACAAGCCGUCAGGGUUCCCUGAGUUCCGAAACAGAACUUUCCCAAUACUUUUCGCACAAUGUACCCGGACAAUCAUCAUUCUCCGAAACAAUGGAAACGGUUUUUGAUGAACAUCUGAUGCAAAAAAACAUGAACAAUUCCUUGGAUGGUUCUUCUCCAAAUUCAGUGCUGAAAGAAAUGGACGCGUCCAACCCAGCGGAUCCCUCCGUCACUCUCAGCGGUGGGAAGGCUGCAGUGUCUCGUAGCAAUCAUGCGGAAGCUGCUCGUCAGGCCAGCCUGAAUGGGAGUCCCAAUUCGAUCCGCAGCCCUCUGCUGCGGCAAAGGAGGGUCAUUUGCUACGACGACACCAGUGAUGAAGAGGACUUUGUGAAAGCUGCAGAAAGCGUUCACUUUCAACAGUCACAAAGGGAUCCAGCUCAAAGGACACCCAAGGAAGAUUCCGAGAUCAUCAUAGCCACUUCGUCCGUUGAAGUUGACGAUGACAGCCAGGAUGGCGAAUUGCAGAGGAAUGUCAGCAGCGAAGGUGCCACGUCACUCUAUGGCAGCUCGCUCGAAUCCGAGGACAGCUCCUCGAUGGAGCAGAUGGUCGACUCGCCCUUCAUGCCACUGAAAUUCUUUGAAUCUUCCAGCUCCACUGAGACGAACCCCAGCAACCUGGGUGUGAAGGAAGGCCAGCUGGAGUCUAAGCGUUCGCCCAAACUGGAGCACAAAGCUGUCACCAGAGUGAAGAGCAUGAUGAGCGUGGAAUGCCCAGCCAACGUUCUGCGGCAGAAGAACGAGGAGCAUCAAUCCAACUCCAGCAAGCCCGUGGCCAGGCCACUGCCCCACAGCAAAAGGUGUGCUGAUGCCUCGGGACUUUCCCAAACAGAAACUAUACAACUCUUGCGCAAAGAGGCAGAAUCAUUUGGAUUGGAUUUGGAAAUUAAAGUUUCCCCAGUGAGGAUUCUGGUAAACGGUUUACAGCCGGGCGGAGUUGCCGAGAGAGAAUCAAAGGGAAAACUAGUCCCUGGAGAUGAAGUUGUCAUGAUUAAUGGUUUGCCGGUCUGUAACAUGUCUUACCAAGAGACCUGCAGCCUUAUGAACGACCUCCCACACGCCAUCACACUGGAAGUACGGAAACCAGUUUCUGCUGUGGACAGACUAUCCCGUAUCAUCUCAACAACCUCAACAGAUGUGAACUUGGUCGAGCCUGAGCUCUCUGAGGAUGACAGCAACUUAAAUGCCAAAGGAUGCUGUGAGGCCCAGGCAGAACUUGGUGGGGAUUCUACUGAGAAGAAGCAGGAGAAGUCAGAGAUUUCUCCCCACAACAAGAACAAAAGUGACAUCCCAAUCACAGACAUUGACGACAUUGUCAAUGACCUCAAUUCCACUGAGGAAGAAAUUGCAAAAUCAUGGUCUCCCAAUUCAAAAAUGGAUCAUGAUGUAAAAGUUGCUAAUUCAGUAAAAACUACCAACAGCACAAAUGAUGUCAGCGGUAAAUGUGAUUCCUUAAACAGCAUCAAGCAGGAUAUUCUUGAUUAUUCUGUUCUGAAUUCAGUCAACACAGGCAAAGUAUUUUCAGUGAACAAAACCUGCCUAACUAACUACUCCAGAAAUCUAAGUACUGAGAGAGAGGGAAAAUCAUUAAGUUCAACAGAUGUCAUAGAAAAUAAUGAGCAACACUCCAUGUAUGCUGCUGCUGUGGAUUCUGAUUCAGAGACCGAAUUUUCUGACAGCCCUCAUGUAUCUCAUGAUAAAAUGGCAAAGGCUCUGCCUGGAGAUGUUGUUUUCAGUCAGUGUGAAAGCUUGAAUGUUGCAGAUUCGGAUACUGAAGAGGUUGAAAUCUGCUACCGACCCAGCGAUCAAUCCACCACCUCAGGGAAAACUGUGCCUCCUUUGCCAAAUCAUAAUAAGAAUGAUUUGCCACGAAAUGAGAUUGCAACAGAAGAAAGUAAUGCGACAAUAUCUGUGGUCGGAAAAGCACACACAUACCCAUCUUCAACAUCCUAUAGAAAUGGAGAGACCUUAACUGCUUCUGCACUAACUUGUGCUUUUGGUGAGAAUCCUACAGAGAUCACUGAAUCACUGCCAUUUUCAGUCUCUACCAGGCCUUCCAAACAGAUCAAAUUUGAAAGCAAUGCCCACCUUUCUACCAAUGAUAUAAAUGAAGCACAAAUCGAAAUUCAGGAGUUAGAUGCAACUUCCAAACAAUAUCCACCAAAAAAUAUGAAUCAUACUACAGAUGUAACCAAGAAUCAUAAUCCUCAUAGACAAGGCCAUUCUUUUGAAGAAGUUGCCCGAGAUUUUGUUGAAAAGUUAGUCCACCAUACUGAUUCUGCCUUUUCUGUGUCUAGACUACCUUUUCAAAGUUCUUUGAAAUUGGGCAGAACAGACCAUAAUUUGUCCUCUUCCUUGGAUGCCUUGAACCAUACGGAGAGCGUAGAAAUUCCCAGUACAAGCCUACAGUGUCAGCAUCCAGUGCUCAAACCCAGGCUAUCUGCUACAAAUAAGUGUAACCAGGAUGCUGUUGAUGCAGCUUCAUCUGUAACUUCUAUCAAAAAGGAGAGACAAGUGCUGUCAAGCACUGCCAAAAAUUGUUGUCCUCAGCCAGCUCUUAAUCUAUCCAAACAAUCUUUAGCAACCCAAAAUAUGAAAUAUAAGGGGCAGAGUGAAAGUGGAACACCAUCUCAAAUGUAUAUCAGAGCUAAGCUUCAGGACAAAGCCCAGAAGUUCAAUUCGGCACCAAAACUAAAAGGACUCAGCAUUAAAAGUAAAAUAAAAUCUCAUUCAGAAAUCUGUGAAAAUGCAUCAAAGUCGUCAGAUGGAUCCACAAAUUCAGUGACCAUGCAGAAAUGCCCUGAAAAGUCACCAGAUAUAGAUCAGCUAGCAUCAACACUCUUAACUAAAAGAGCUUCAUUAAUAUGUGAUUUAAAUAACCAGAGUGAGAAAAAUCUACCUGAAAUGAAUCAAGAGAUAGUAAUUAGUAAAAUCCCUGCAUAUUCUUCAGGAGAACAGAUUUCAAUGCACUUGGCAACAGACGCCGGUCUCCAAACAAAGCAGCAAAAUAAAGAUGUAACUAAGUUAUCUGAUGUCACCAAAACUGACUUAAGCAAUGAAAGGCAAAAACAAGGAAUGACAGGAGAAUCUAGAUUCCAAAAAGAGCUUGAAUUACAGAUUCCAUUAGAUCAGAAGCAAAAAGAUAAAACACUUAAAGAAACGCUCCAUAUUAUCAAGAAAAAUGCAUGGGUUAAAAGUUCUCCCAAUUCAUUCGGGGAGUCAGGAAAUUCUGAAAAUGAGGAGAACAUUGUACAAGCGAGCCAGGAAAGAUCCACUGAAAUGUACGUCACACCUGUGACUGAAUUGAGGCAUUGUGAGAAGCAAAACGUGGUCAAUAAAAACUCUGAGAAAUUAUCACAAGGGGCACAGAAAGUAAUCGAUAAACAAGUACAAGACAGAAAGUCAGAGGAGCAAUUGAUACCCACAGGACCAAAACAUUUGAAAGAUUCUCCUGUUCACUCUUCGUGUACUAACUUAGAAGAUGAUCAGGAAAGCAUGGCAACGCAACGUAGCUUUAUAGAAUUAAAACUAACAUCACCUUCCCUGGAGAGGAAAGAUGUUAAUAGUGUGGCUACCUCUUCAGAACUCUUAGAUCACAAGUCGCCUAAAUUCCCCUUAAUGCUGGAUAAUGCACAGAAACCAAAGAAAGCCCCAAAGCCUCCCAUGAUGUUAGAGCAGACACCUGAAGGGCUGAAUAGUGGGGAUACAACUGUUGUUAAAAGUCCAUUUGACCAUACAAUCAAAGCUGCUCAUAAACAACCCCCACUUCUGGAUAGACAGGUAAAAUCAUUUGAGACUUUACAAUUACACACUACGGUUAAAUAUCCAGAAAAUAUUCAACCAAGAAUUGAAGUAACUGGGCCCUUGAAGAAAUCUUUGAGUGAAGAGAAGCACUCCAGCAUUGAUUUUUUUUCCUAUCAAAGAGACAAGGGCAAGUCAACUAUGGGAUGUUUUACCAAUGAAUUGAAUUGUCCACCAGAGAGUGGCUCUUUUUCUGUUAAACAGAGAAUUAAAUCUUUUGAAAGCCUGGCUAGCUUUGACAAACCUGUUAUCAGGAAAAUAGACGCACACUUAUUUGCCUCAUCCUGUGUUAAUUGCAAUGCAUGUUCCUAUGGUAAGCCAGCAAUAGGACGGCGAAUAUCGGGGAGUGCCAUCCCGUUAAUGACAUCCAACAUUUCACUGAGUCGGGAUUUUGAUGCAUCACGUGUACUGAGACGCAGUCUGAGUUCUUAUACUGAAGGUACCUCUGAAGUUGCCUUUACAUCGAUGCAAUUAGAAAAGGAUCCAUCGACCUUAGCUUUACAGAGCUUUGAAACAAACUGUUCAGAGAGCAUUGCCAAGGGGCUUAAAGAGUCCAGUGAAUGUGACACCAGCAAUGAAAAGUCUCAAGAGCAGGAUGUCAAUGCAUGCAAGAUUAACAAUUCUAAAGGCAGGUCAUCGGUCAAGCACCGACCAAACUCUUUGUCUCGCUCCAAGCUACGGGAGCUUAGAGCUCUAAGCAUGCCAGACCUUGACAAACUGUGCAGUGAUUAUUCUACUGAUCCAAUGACCAACAGCUUUAAAACUGAACUGGAGAUUAAGCCAAGAAAUUCUAUUGGUCCAAGUGCUGAAAGUCUCACAAAUAUUUCCUCUGGAACCUCUUGUGCUACUAAUGGGUCUGGUUUAGUGAAAAUUUACAGAUCAGGAAUUUCGAGUUCAAGGUCAAAGAGCAACUGGAAAAGUAGCACUGGAACUCUGGAUUCUUGGUCUGAUGAUGAAUCGACGGACAGCAGGAAGUUGUCUGAAAAUAAAGGGAAAAGUUGGUCUGUCAGCCUUGAAGAUUUAUCUCGUUCCAUCCUGGAGAAACAAAAAGCACAGGUGGUUUUGUCCUUACUAAUGGCUAAAGCUGACAUCACAAAAAUACUGCAGGAAGCUGAGACUGCAGCUGAGAAUAAAGGAGACGUUUAUAUCAUAGUGUUGGACAAAGAUGAAGGAGCUGGACUUGGUUUCAGUGUCGCAGGAGGUGUGGACCAGGAGCAUAAAUCGGUCACUAUUCACAAAGUAUUUUUAAGAGGAGUGGCAGCUCAAGAAGGCACUAUUCGGAGAGGUGAUUACAUCUUAUCCAUCAAUGGAAACUCCUUCAUAAAUGCCACACACGGAGAUGCUCUCAAUGUACUUCACCAAGCUCGCAUACCUAGACAGGCCAUCAUAGUGAUUAAAAAGGAAGGGAAGAAAAUGGAAGAUACUUUAUCCAAGGCAGAUUCAUCACUUCCUAAAGAAAUCCAUCCUGCACUUCGAGACAAUGCUUCCUUAAAAGACGCAGGAACAGGCAUGAAAGUGGACCUAGAAGGAGCUAUCACUGUGGUACUGCUGAAGACCUCAGCUGGUCUCGGAUUUAGUCUAGACGGUGGGAAGGCUUCAAUUCAUGGAGACAGACCACUUCAUAUUAAAAGAAUAUUUCAAGGUGGCGUAUCGGAGCAGUCUGGAAUGAUCAAAGUUGGUGAUGAAUUGCUUGCAAUCAAUGGCAAGUUUCUGCAUGGCCUCAUGCACUACGAUGCUUGGAACAUCAUCAAGUCUGUCCCUGAAGGACCUGUUCAGCUACUUAUUCGAAAACUUAAAUCAGUUUAAGGCAUGAAGUCCAAAUGGAGCAUUAGUUGACCAAUGAUAUUACUGGGCCAAAGUGAUGUGGUGAACUAAAUUAAAAGCAAGGAGCUUAACAACAGUGGAGUUUAAAUGAUCUUCAAUUAAUGCUAAAUCCUGAAUGUAUUUUGUGGUCAGCUCAACAUUGACAGUUGCACAAACUAUGAUUGCACUUACUGAGAAAUCCAUGCAUUAAUUAUAUGCACAGAUUGUAAAGACUCCUUAAUUUACCUGAUUCCAUUGAGCAUAGAUAUAAAAUGGCAAGCGCCUAAAGGGCCUGUCCUACUAACGCAGCCUUUUCAGUGACUGUCUUCGACCUUCAAGCUCGAGGGCACUCGCCUGAAAAACCUCGAGCUGGAUCGACUGUCAGCGAU